UCUCCGUGAGAGAAGCCGAGUCUUGUUUACAGCGGUGAUUCUACUGAGCGGAGACCGUCAGAAGAGUCGCGGAGGAGUCCGAACGCCGCCGUGGAGACUCGAGAAUCAAACACUAGGCUCACAAGCUAUUUAUAUCAAACAGUCCGUGAUUUUUUUACGGCGCGGAAAACCAAAAACCCACGCUCGGGAGCUGCUCACUCUUGCACCUCGGCAAAAUGAUUUUUUUUCCUACCGCAAAACAGACCGACCGUGAGAGUGCGUGAAGACGGUAGGGGAGGGUGAGCAGUUGGUGAAACCAUUUUUGUCCUGGCGGAUAUUUUGGAUCGAGCCCUGUCGGGAGGCUUUCAUUCAUACCGAAAUACGCUAUCCGAGUCGUCAAGCUCUUUGGACGUGAGCUCAAAAUUCCUCCGUACAUCAGGAUAGCGCAGUUCAUCACACUGGCAUAGGCGCAUUCGCAUAAGGUGUUUUUGUUGGAGGAGAAAGCGCUCGUUUCGCUGGCCGUGCUGCGCGUCCCUCUCGGGUUUUCAAGAAAUGGAGGCUGAAGAUGCAGAUUAUCGCUCGAGUGAAAUGCGUGGCUCCGACACGAUUGCAUCAUUUAAUUGCUGGCAAGAAUAACAAAAUGCUUUAAUUGAUCUUAAUGUUUCCAUCACGGGAAAAUUAUACAAUUAUCACCAGAUAUCUUUUAUCGACUCCCUCCUCGCCUCCCGUUAUCUUUACGGGUAAAGGAACUAUCUGCUCAUCCAAAGCGGAUUCUUCUGGACUUUUUGCUUGCUUACAAAAAGGAGCGUCGCGUUUUGCUGCGGUUUCGUCUUUUUGUUUUUUGGAAAACUGAUUUUUAGGAAUGAGAUCUGGAACAGCAAAGGAUGUUUGGACCUUAUUUUGGGGUCCUGCGCUGAUUCUCUCCACCAUCUGCUUGUGGUCUGCUCAUGGAGAAGUCUGUGGUCCUCACAUCGAUAUCCGCAAUGACAUCAGUGAGUUCAAGAAGCUGGAGAACUGCACGGUGGUGGAAGGCUACCUUCAGAUCCUCCUCAUUGGAGACAAGAACAACAACCUCAACCAGGAGCACUUUCGCACCCUGUCCUUCCCCAAGUUGACCAUGGUGACCGACUACCUUCUCCUGUUCCGAGUCUCCGGCCUGGAUAGCCUCAGCGUGCUCUUCCCCAACCUCAAUGUCAUUCGAGGACGCAACCUGUUCUACAACUACGCCCUGGUCAUCUUCGAAAUGACCAGCCUGAAAGAUAUUGGCCUAUACAACCUGAGGAACAUCACCAGAGGCGCCAUCAGAAUCGAGAAGAACCCGGAGCUGUGCUACUUGGACUCGGUGGACUGGUCACUCAUUAUGGAUGCAGAGUUUAACAACAUCAUCGCUGGGAACAAGCAGUCCAAAGAAUGCGGCGACGUUUGUCCAGGUAUCAUGGAGGAUAAACCGCAGUGCAUUAGGACCAGCUUCAAUGACAACUACAGCUACCGCUGCUGGACCUCAAACGAGUGCCAGAAAGUGUGUCCAAAGAAGUGUGAGAAGAGGGCGUGCACGGAUAGGGGCGAGUGCUGUCACCCCCAGUGCCUGGGCAGCUGCACUGAACCAGACGAUGAUAAGGCAUGUGCCGCCUGCCAGCAUUACUUUCACGAGGGCCGCUGCGUGGAGGCCUGCCCGCCGGGCACGUACAAGUUUGAAGGUUGGCGCUGCAUCACCAUGGACAUGUGUGCCCGUGUUCACCUACCCAGUGAGGUCGACUUUGUCAUCCACAAUGGAGAGUGUAUGCCGGACUGCCCACCCGGAUUCACCCGAAAUGAGACUCAAAGUAUGUUUUGUAGCGCAUGUGACGGACUGUGCGAUAAGGUCUGCGAAACUAAAACAAUCGACUCGGUGGAUGCUGCUCAGUCACUGCAGGGCUGCACGGUCAUCAAAGGCAACCUGCACAUCAACAUCCGGCGGGGCAAUAACAUUGCGUCAGAGCUGGAGAGUUUCAUGGGCCUGAUCCAGACGGUGACUGGAUAUGUAAAGAUCAAACACUCACACACUCUGGGCUCUCUGUCCUUCCUCAAGAGCCUACGAUACAUUCAUGGAGAAGAGCUCACAGACCAGUUGUAUGCAUUCUCUGCAGUGGACAACCAGAACUUGCAAUAUCUGUGGGAUUGGAGUCAGCACAAUCUGACCGUUAGAGCUGGAAAAUUGUUCUUCCGCUUCAAUCCCAAGCUUUGCAUGUCUGAGAUCCAGAAAAUGUGGGAGAAGACCGGUGUUAAAGUAAAGAUGGAGGAGGACGAUGCUCGAAGCAAUGGAGAACGAGCAAGUUGCGAGAGUUAUAUUCUAAAGUUCAAAUCCAACCACACUCAGAGUACUCGGAUAAAGCUCACUUGGGAGCGAUAUCGACCGCCUGACUACAGAGACCUCAUCAGCUUCAUCGUGUAUUACAAGGAGGCACCAUUCCAGAACAUCACAGAAUUUGAUGGACAAGAUGGAUGUGGCUCCAACAGUUGGAACAUGGUGGAUGUAGACCUUCCUCAGGACAAAUCGGCAGACCCAGGGGUAUUGCUGUCCCCUCUUAAACCCUGGACACAAUAUGCAAUCUUUGUGAAAGCCGUUACCCUGGUUGUAGAGGACAAGCACAUACUGGGGGCCAAGAGUGAGGUGGUUUAUAUCCGCACCAAUGCAUCAGCACCGUCAAUGCCCCUCGAUGCCCGCGCAUACGCCAACUCCUCCUCAUCCCUGAUGGUGAAGUGGUCUCCUCCUAUCGCUCCCAAUGGAAACAAAACCUUCUACCUGCUCCGUUGGCAGCAGCAGGCAGAAGAUCGUGAACUCUACCAGCAUAACUACUGCUCUAAAGAGCUAAAAAUUCCCAUUCGCAUCUCGGCCACGGCUUUGUCGGACAUGGAGGGCGAAACAAAGCCCACCAAAUCAGAUGUUGGCGGGGGUGAGAAGGGCUGCUGCCCCUGCCCGAAAACCAAGGAGGACCUAAAGGCAGAAGCUGAAGACAGGUCUUACCGAAAAGUCUUUGAGAACUUCCUGCACAACUCCAUCUUCACACCCAGACCUCCAGACAGAAAGCGGCGAGACCUGUUUGGAGUGGCCAACGGCACACUGCUGCAAGGCGCAAGCAGGAACAUCACAGGAAUGGAGAGUAACAUCACUGACCCAAAGUUGCAUGAGAAAGAUUAUCCUUUCUCAGAGGACAAGGUCUAUACAGAGUUCAUGGAGAUAUCCCACCUGCAGCCCUUUACCGUUUACCGCAUCGACAUCCACGCCUGCAACUACGAGAUCCACCGCUGCAGUGCUGCAGCUUUUGUGUUCUCCAGAACCAAACCAGCAGACAAAGCGGAUGAUAUUCCCGGCAAUGUAAAUCAAGAGAGGGAUGAGAAGGGAGAAGGAACAGUGCUGCUGCGGUGGCCUGAACCUCAUCACCCCAAUGGACUGAUCCUCAUGUAUGAGAUCAAAUAUCGUCUGGGAACUGAGCCCGAGAAGCAUGAGUGUGUAUCACGCCAGCAGUACAGAGUGCUGCGAGGAGCUCAGCUCAGCAAUUUGCCCCCUGGAAAUUAUUCUGCCCGGGUCAGAGCCACAUCUUUGGCUGGGAACGGAUCUUGGACUGAACCAGUGUCCUUCUACGUGCCACCACCUAAACGAAAUUAUGAUAAUGCCUUCUAUCUGGCCAUCAUCAUUCCUAUUAUAGUGCUACUGUUGCUCACUGCAGUGAUCUCCGCUGUCGUCUUUGUCACCAAAAAGAGGAAUAGUGACAGGUUAGGAAAUGGUGUGCUAUAUGCUUCUGUAAACCCUGAAUACUUCAGUCCAUUUGAGAUGUAUGUACCAGAUGAAUGGGAAGUGGCUCGGGAGAAAAUCACCAUGUGUCGUGAGCUGGGUCAGGGCUCCUUUGGUAUGGUGUAUGAGGGCAUCGCAAAGGGCGUCGUCAAAGAUGAACCUGAGACCAGAGUGGCCAUCAAGACCGUAAAUGAAUCUGCCAGUAUGCGUGAACGCAUCGAGUUCUUGAACGAAGCUUCAGUUAUGAAAGAGUUCAACUGUCACCAUGUGGUGCGACUUUUGGGUGUGGUUUCACAAGGACAGCCCACUCUGGUUAUAAUGGAGCUGAUGACACGGGGCGAUCUAAAGAGUUACUUGCGUUCUCUCCGUUCCAAAGAGCAGGGCUCCAGCAGCCAGUCUUUGCCUCCGCUGAAGAAGAUGAUUCAGAUGGCCGGUGAGAUAGCGGACGGGAUGGCAUAUCUCAAUGCCAACAAGUUUGUCCAUCGGGACCUGGCUGCCAGAAACUGCAUGGUUGCUGAGGACUUCACAGUUAAAAUCGGAGACUUUGGCAUGACAAGGGACAUCUACGAGACUGAUUACUAUCGCAAAGGAGGCAAAGGGCUGCUGCCGGUCCGCUGGAUGUCCCCGGAGUCUUUGAAAGAUGGAGUGUUCACAACAAAUUCUGAUGUCUGGUCAUUUGGCGUGGUUUUGUGGGAGAUCGCCACUCUAGCCGAGCAGCCCUACCAGGGCAUGUCCAACGAGCAGGUACUGCGCUUCGUCAUGGAGGGAGGACUUCUGGAUAAACCGGACAACUGUCCCGACAUGCUGUUUGAACUGAUGCGUAUGUGCUGGCAGUACAACCCAAAAAUGCGCCCGUCUUUUCUGGAAAUCAUCAACAGCAUAAAAGAGGAACUGGAGCCGCCCUUCCGGGAGGUUAGCUUUUUCUACAGUGAGGAGAACAAGCCACCCGACACUGAGGAACUGGACAUGGAGGUGGAGAACAUGGAAAAUGUUCCACUGGACCCUGCUUCCACAUUGGCCCCCUCCUCUCAGGGGAGCACAGGGGCUCAGACCCCGAGUCCACAGCCACUCUCCCCAGCUCAGGGGCCAGGGACGCCGAUGGGGUCCGCCCCGACCCCCUCCACCUCACCCCCCUCAGCCUCCUCAGCCUCUCCGGGCCUGGCCUUAGACAAGCACUCAGGACAGGUAGCAGCAAACGGGCCAGUGGUGCUGCUGGGGCCAGCGUUCGACGAGACGCAGCCCUACGCGCACAUGAACGGAGGGAGGAAGAACGAGCGAGCGCUGCCACUGCCUCAAUCGUCGGCCUGCUGAUCAUGACUGCUCAGACUCCCUCUACUCCUCACACAGGGUACCCACAUUUCCCUCGCCCUUUUGUCUUCGUGGUCAUAUGUGUUUUUUCUUUCGUUUCGAGGAGUCAAAACCCAGGGCUGACCGUGGAGUCGACACCCAGACGGACUCUGGAUGUCUCAUUUUCGUUAAAACGAUUGCGAAUGGCGAAGAGGAUGUUGCGGGCGAUUGGUGACUACAAGCCUACAAAAACUUGCGAUAUUUAAGAUUUAAGAGAACUAAUCACCACACUGGAGAGCCCUGGCUUUCACUUGUGUGAAAGAAAAAAUGUUUUCUAAAGAAGAAAACCUGCCAGUUCAUUGUGAAACAAGAGGGACAAGGAUAUUAGCCAGCAAGCCCAGCCCGUGAACGCUUUUCAGUGUGUUUUUAGACAAAAAUACAUCUUUGUCUCAUCUUUUUCAUCACAUUUCUCUUUCAAAAUGCCGCAGAAACUUUCUCAGCUGCAGUCGCUUGUUCUCAAUCAGAGAUCAGUCACGUUGCUGAUUGAUCCACCCUUCUUCUACUUAAAUCGAGGGGGUUUGUUAGAGAGUGAGGUGGGCUUUUUUGAAACUGCCAAAUUUUUGCCAAAUCAAAUGUUUUUUUAUUAAAAAAACAAAAACACUAAACUAAAAGUUAUUUAUCGUUACAUAACCCCCUAUCCACAGCUGAUUUUUUUGAGGUUGCACUUUGAAGUAGCGCAAUCAAGGGACUAAACUCUCAUACUGUCUUUUAUGGGGGAUUUCUGGACUUCAUCUUUUACAAUCAGCUUGAGUUUGUAAAUCCUUCCCCUUUCCCCCUUUUAUAUGGCUCUGAUCUCCGACUAUUGCAUGGCAGUUCCUGCUGCACGCACCAUCUGUGAGCUGAGCCUCUGUGAGAGCGACGUCUCAAGUCGAAAGGAAGAGCGCCAAGGUGCGGAGAGGCGGGUAUGAAUUAUAAGGGAUCGGCUCGAUCGUGAAGCAAACUGAAUACAGGGGCUUCAUUUGUUUCGACAUCUGUUUCGUGAGACGAGUGAGGCAUUGUACACAGCAGGUAUUUUUUUAGACUAGUCUUUAGUCUCUGUACAAUUCAUAUGAUUCUAAGAAGGGUCUUACAGUUCUAUGUUAGACCACAGAUCAUUUACACACAAAUCAUUGGUUUGAGUCACUUUUGAUAACUUUUUUACGGUUCUGAUGUUCACCUCUUUGUCUGUACAGAAAGAAGCUGCUAUUUUUUUUUCUUUUGUGGGUGUUAUAUAUAUAUAUAUAUAUGUAUGUAUGUAUGUAUGUAUAUAUAUAUAUAUAUAUAUAUAUAUAUAUGUAUGUAUAUGUAAAAGAAAUCCUUCAGGUUUAAUAUUUUAUGAUAUCUCCACUACAGUCCAUUUUCUUAUGCUUUAUACUCUUCUUGCAAAAAAGAAAAAAAAAACAAAAAAAGAGAAUAGCAAUUUAUUUUUAUUUGUUUUUUUCUCCCUAAGAGGUUGUCUGCAUUGCCACAUGUCCAUUGCCUUGUGUUUUUUUAACUCUAUAUUAUUAUAUUAUUAUUAUUAUUAGUUACAACAAACUCUUUAGCUCUGCAUGUGAACUUUAGGCACCCUUGAUACAGUUGUCUACCAUUGCACCUGCUCACAAGGUGCAGCGCAAUCUCAGGUUAACGUUAUGGUUUUGUUCUCCAGACAUUCUCAUCAUUACUAAUUCCACUUCGGCUUUUUUUAGGUUGCCGGCCUCUCCUUACAGUGUAGUAAAACCGUACAGUAUGUCAGUGUCCGAGUUCAUGCCUCCUGCAUUUACUUUUGGUUUCAGACUAUUUUUGUAAACCAUCCAUGUACACUGUAAAAAUCAAUUUGUUGAUUCAACUUAAAAUAAUUUGUUACCCGGCUGCCUUAAAAUGUUAUGUUCAGUCAAAAGUUUAGUCAAUUCAAAAUGUUAAGUUGUACUAAGUGACAACUUGAAUAUUUGAGUUCAUUUAACUUAAAAUUUUAAGGCAGCUGGGUAACUAACCCUGCUUUUAAGUUUAACAAACCAAAUUGAUUUAGUCAACUCAAAUAUCUAAGUUUUCACUUAGUACAACUUAACAUUUCAAGCGGACUAAACUUAUUCGAGUUGACUGAACUUAAAUUUUUAAGUCUGCAGGGUAACAAAUUAUUUUAAGUUGACUCAAAUUGUUUUUUUGUUUUUUACAGUGUAACUGAAUAGCAACUACACUGUAAAAAAAGUUGUUUCAACUUAAAAAAAAAAGUGUUUGUGCUGCCUUAAAAUUUUAAGUUUAGUCAACGUGAAAUGUUAAGUUGUACUACAUGAAAACGUGUAUAUUUGAGUUGUGUAAACUUAAUAUUUUAAGGCAGCACAAACUCUUCAACUUUAAGUUGAAACAGCUUUUUAAGGUUUUUUUUUUUUUUUUUUUUUGUUUACAGUGUAAUGGCUAAUUGGUUUGUCUUAAUUUGUCUCGCAUACCCCUGUAAUUCCUCCAAACAAAAUACAUUCAUAAUCUCUAUAAAUUCAUGAAACAAGCGCUAAACUUGAUGAAAUACACCACUGGUAACCAAAUAAGAACGAGUUUGAAAAAAAAGUGAUCAGUUUUCUCAAAUGAAACAGAUUCCCUGGGUAGUUGGCUUUAAAAAGUUUCAUUUUGAAGGAUUUCUCCAUGUGUAUUUGGGAACGUGACCCAGAAUUAUUUAUCCUGUCUUAGAAGGUUAUUUCCCCCCCUUUAAAGGGGUAUUUAUUUCUUUUUUUUGUGAUACCAGUUGAAAUCACUGUACAAAUGCCCUUAUGAUUUAGUAUAAAGUCUGAAUUCUAGAUGCAUUUUCCAUGAUGUCAUGACUGGGGGACUUUCUUUUUUUUUUUUUUUUUUUUCAUUUCCUUCAGCAUCUAUCUACCUCAUUUUCUUUUGUUUUUAAAUGUGUAAGUGAUGAAAUGAUAAAAUACAUCUCGCUUUUUUUCUGUAGAGGACACAUUAUCAUCCUCUGUCUUGUCUCUGAUUUAAAAAAUCAAAAAUUAACAAAAAAAAAACCUCUUUAAGCACCACAGAGCACAAGCUCCAAGGAAUGGAGAGAGAGAGGAAGUCAUGGUGUGAGCUUACAUGCCUAUGGGAUUCCUAAUGGAAAGUGUCUCUUGCAUCCCUUAUCACGUGCCCAGCAACACAAAAAUCCCACUGCCUUCAAUCACUCUGGAUAAUCGUAUUAAAAUACCUAAUUCACCAGAUGGUUUCAUCAUGAUGGACCAUAGAUGCUAUCAGAGUCUUUCUUCCAUAUGUAAUAUUCUUCUUCAGUGAUUUCCUCUUAUCCACCAUCUAACUGAGGUUUAGGAAAGCGUGUCUUAAAGGGACAGUUCACUUAAAAAUUAAAUUCUGUCAUUAAUCACUCGCCUUCAUGUCAUUCCAAACCUAUAAGAUCUUCGUUCAUCUUCGGAACACAAAUGAAGGUAUUUUUGAUUAAGUCUCAGAGCUUUCUGACCCUGCAUAGACAGCAGUGGUACUGCCCCAUUCAAGGCCCAGAAAGGUAGUAACGACAUCAGUAAAAUAGUCCAAGUUCAAAGGUGCUUUAAAAGGAAAAACUCUUUUUGGUUCCACAAAGAACCAUUCAGUCAAAGGUUCUAUAAAGAACCAUCUUUUCUUACCUUUUUAUCAUCUGAAGAACCUUCUUUUGCCACAAAUAAACUUUUGUGAAACAUAAAGGUUCUUCAGACAUUAAAAGUUCUUUAUGGAACCAUUUAGGCAAAAAAGGUUCUUCUAUGGCAUCAUGAAGCACCUUUAUUUUUAAGAGUGUACGAGAAUAUUUUUGUGCGCAAAGAAAACAAAAAUAAUGACUUUAUUCAACAAGUUCUUCUUGUGGUACUUUUUGUGAAUGCAUGUUGAAGAUAUAGAAAGUUGUUUUUGUUUCCUUCGUGCACAAAAAAUAUUUUUGAAAUUAUUGAAAUUAAGGUUGAACCACUGAUGUCACAUGGACUAUUUUAAUGAUGUCCUUACUACCUUUCCGGGCCUUUAAUGUGUCAGUUGCUCUCAGAUUCCAAUAAAAAAAACUUAAUUUGUGUUUUGAAGACGAACAAAGGACUUACGGGUUUGGAACGACAAGAUAGUGAGUAAUUAAUGACAGAAUUUUCAUUUUUGAGUGAACUGUCUCUGAAGAGGUUUGGCUAUAGAACAGUUAAACCAACUGUACAUGAUACUUUUUUCAAUAAAUUAAAUUAGCUUACAUGAUCUUAUUGAGUAAGAAUUCAUCAUGGCACUGGACACCCUGUUUCCCAGCAUGCCCUUCUCAAACACUGCUUCUGCACAAAAAUGUUGGUCUCCUACUGUUGUCAAUGGCCUCUAAUUGAAGGUGACUUUAAUGCACAACUACACCUAGUUUAUAAAUACCACUGUUUCUUUUACAAUCAGAUCAUCUAAUACAUUUUGGCCAAGGCUUCUAACAGUUGAAUGCAUAAUGUGGAUUUCAUAACACUUUGUUACAACAAACCAGUUGAAUUUCUCAUAAUUCCAGCUCAUUUGUUUGGUCAGAUGCACUCUAGUGAGCACCAUACACAAAGGGCCAACUGUUGUCACCGUAUUCAUCGACAUCAUUCUCUAGAGAGAGAAAGGGCUGUCGUUUUGCCUCUCUUUUCUACUGCUGCUGACAACAUACGUGCUGCUUUACAGAGACUACAAAUAGUCUUGCCAAUAGCGUUGGGUAGGUGGGUGGAUCUAAGCAACAUGCUUUCUCUCUCUAAACAACCGUUAAAAAACGAUGGGCCAGACGAUUAAAAUGCAAAGUGGAUUCAGAGUAAGUCACGGUCUUAGAGCCCCUGGUCGUUCAGUUUCAUGGCACUUAAAAUGUUUAAUAUUUUGGAUCUUUUGAACUCCAGGGGUUGGAAACGAGGGCGCUUGUAGGAAAAGACCUGGUCGGGAUGCUGAGAGGCACAUUGUUGGAAGUAGAGUAUUAUUCUGUGUGGUACAAGAUGAUCGAAAUAACCAUUCUAUAAAAGCCCUUGUGCUUGUAUCGUUGCGUAUGUAUAUGGGUGGGAGUGUAUCACAUGUAGAUGUAGUGAUUUAAGAUUUUGAUGUGUUUAUAAUGGAAAAAAUAAUAGAUAUCACUAUUUAUUUCUGUUUCUUUUUUUCUUUUCUGUAAUGAAUAUGGACAAAAGCAUUGGCCUGUUGCAAAGUGAAUGUCAGUUUUCAUUGAAUGCUGCCAAGGUUCCUUAGUUACCAGUAGGUUACAGAUCUACAGAAACACACAUAUACACAGACACAAAUAGGACAGCGAUGUCCAGUAGAUUACGGGUAGUCAUGACACAGAGAGAGAGAGAGAGAGAGAAAGAACAUGACUAGAAUUUAAAAUAAAAAGAGACAAGUUUACAGUAGAAAUAGCUUAUGUUGCAAUGCAAGUUCUCUGCAAACCUGAAGGUAGAUUGACUGAAAGAUUUUUUUUUCCUCAACUAUCAUAUGAACUAUUAUUAUUUUAUUAUAUUUCUUCAUAAUGCAAAACCUCAGGUUUAGAAAAGAUGCAUGUAUGCAUUUUAAUUGCAAUAAUGAGCUUGAGGUUUCACAGACAUCAUUUUCCAGGCACUGUUGUUUUUGCUUGGCAUUCCGACAAAUUUCAAAAGGGGCCUUGAUCUACUGUACUGAAAAGAGUUUAAUAACACUUUAUUUUCCUUUCACAAAAAAAGGAGGAAAAAUUCAAAAAAAAAAAAAAAUCUCUGUGUCAUUGCAUUGAUUGGUAGAAACUGAUGGUGAAACGGCUUGGCUGGUACUCUCGUCUUCUUGUAAGUUAUGUAUCUAAGGCCUCCUGUUUUUCAGUUUUCUCCUCACCUCCAGUUGAGAUGGUAGACUUUUUACAUGCCAUUGGCUUAAUGUAUAUCUGAAGAAUUUUCAUGUAUUUUCUUUUUUUCUUAAAUUUUGAAUUAAAAAAAUGAAUGAGUCUGAA